AUUGUGACAACUACGUUAGCAGAGCGUGCCGUGAACUUGAAAUCCUAAUAAAGUGCAAAGUUAAAACAUUAUCAAAAUGCAAUCUAACAAAGUCUGUGCUGUUAUCCUGUGCGCCUUGGCGCUUGUCUGCAGCCUCAAUGCCGCGCCGGCGCCUUUGGAUGACUCCAGUCAAGCAACGAUUCUGCGCUAUGACAACGACAACAUUGGCACCGAUGGCUACAACUUUGGCUAUGAGACAAGCGAUGGCGUCACACGCCAGGAGCAGGCUGAGCUGAAGAACGCGGGCACAGAGCAGGAGGCUCUAAGCGUGCGUGGCUCCGUCAGCUGGGUGGCCCCCGAUGGUCAGACCUAUACGCUGCACUAUAUUGCCGAUGAGAACGGUUUCCAGCCACAAGGCGAUCAUUUGCCACACAACUAAGCAUGGAGCUCGAGCUCCAACUUUUUAAUCAACAGUAUUGCUUUUGUAAAAUAAACUAAAAUUAAUGCACUGCUAAGGUAAUUUCAUUUAUUAGCUUAGCACUCAUGGCAGUCAUAG